AUGACCGAGAAUAGCACUGUAAAGAAUCCCGAAAAAAGCAAACUGGCGCUUUCAGUAGUACGUCCACUAUCAGUCUUGAUUCCCCCUUCUUGGACUUCAACAAGCUCAUCUGAGUCAGAAACUAAUUUCACACUGGAUCAAAUAUCAUCCUAUGCUAAAAAAAUAACUAGCUCCAACUUUAACUUGUUUAGUACCUCAUCUUCUUCGUCUACUGCUUCAUCACUCAAACUGGACCCAAAUGACGAACAUAAGCGAAAGAUAUUGAAAAACAAGUCUCAACAGGCCCUUAAUGAGUUCACAUAUGCAUUUCUGUUAUCACUAAAUAAUAGUUCACUUGGACUUUAUACAGUAUCAGAUCACAUAUAUCGUAAAGUGCCUCGAUUAAUAGAAAUGAAGAAAAAGAUACAACAAAUAAGUACUCAAGUGGAAACAGCAGACUUGGACAUACAAGACGCUCAAAAGUCAAUUUGCGAUAUAGAAAGAAUCGAUUCCUUUGUGAAUAUGUCAAAGAUGAUCAAAUUGUCACUUGAAAUAAUUGCCAAGGAUCAAAAGUCAGAUCCUAAAACCCUUCAAUAA